GAGUCAAGAGAUUUGGUUUGGAACUGGACCCUAAAUUACACCCGCGCAGGGACUUGUGGGAGUGAGUCAUAUAGCGAUGACGUUGCCAUGCACAACCGGAUGCUCAAGCUGUUCGGAGCGCUAGUCAUUGUGGGACUAGCGCUGGCGUGCUUAGCUUCCUGGGUGCUGGAGAGCUAUGACACCUCUUGGCACCCCAAACGGAGUGUUCGGCAGUUCAACGCCGGGGAUGGAGAGGAGGCUAGUAGGACAUGUCUUCCUCCGUAUCCCGGCGGCGAAUUGGAUAACAUAUUCUGGUUCGUGCAGGUGUCUGACAUUCAUAUCAGCCGAUUCCAUGACAAAAAACGAAUUUCAGACUUUGAGAAGUUCUGCACUGAUACCGUUGAAGUGAUCCAACCUGCUCUUGUGCUCGCAACAGGAGACCUGACGGAUGCGAAGACCGAGAGCAAGGUGGGCUCCCUGCAGCAUGAGGUGGAGUGGCAGGCCUAUCACGACAUCCUGAAGAGGUCUCGGGUGCUGGAACGCACCAAAUGGAUUGACAUCCGCGGAAACCAUGAUGCCUUCAAUAUUAUUUCCUUGGAUAGUGUCAACAACUACUACAGGAAGUACUCAGCCAAUCAGAAAGUUGGAUCCUUCCACUAUGUCCACAAGACUCCAUUCGGCAACUACUCCUUCAUCUGUGCUGAUGCAACCAUCACCCCCGGACCCAAGCGGCCAUACAACUUCUUUGGCAUUCUCAACCAGACUCAGAUGGACCUGUUGGCAUCCUUCAGGACUGAGAGCCACAGCAGCAACCAGACCAUCUGGUUUGGCCACUACACCACUUCAACGGUCAUCUCCCCCGCUCCAGGGGUGAGAGGCGUGAUGAGCUCGGCUGUAGCGUACCUGUGUGGUCACCUACACACGCUGGGCGGCCUGAUGCCUGUACUACACAGCAGACACGCUGAGGGCACCCUGGAACUGGAGCUAGCCGACUGGAUGGACAAUCGCAGUCCCUCUUUCUCUCCCAAUUUCUUUCUUUCUUUCUCCCCCUCUCUUCAGGUACAGAGUGCUGGCGUUCGACCACGACCUGCUGAGUUUCAUGGACCUGAAGUUUCAGCAGUGGCCUGCAGUACUCAUCACCAACCCCAAGGAGGCGCAGUACCUCCAUCCUGGAGUGGAGCCACUAGGGAGAAUACAAAGCUCUACCCACAUCAGGUGUCCCCUCUGAUCCUGGCCUUCUCUGAUGCCCCGGUCACAGCAGUUCACGUCAGCGUGGACGGGGUGGAGAUGGGUAAAGGCCAGUCUGCUGGAGGUCCUCUGUAUGUGGUGCCGUGGGAACCCUCGCUCUACCUCACUGGGCUGCACACUGUCACUGUCAAAGUGAAGGACGCGGUGGGGCGGUCGACUUUCCGAGAACAGCUCUUCACCCUGGAAGAGGACCUCUCCCCUAGCUUUGGUUUCUUCCAGUCCUUCAUCCUGCUCACUGACCACUACAUUCUGGCCCGGGUAGCCUUUGUCGCAGGGAUGCUGCUGAAUAUUGGAGUGCUGGUGGCGUUCAGGUUCAUGCCUCUGCCCUCUGUCAGAGUGUCUUCAAGUCUGUCCUCUUGUGCCUGUCUGUCCCUGCACCUGGUCAGUAAAGCAGACACUUUCUACUACUCUCUACUGCUCUUCAACCUCUGCACUGCCUUAGGUCCCUGGUUCAUAGGAGAGUUGAUUGAUGGUCACAGUGGGGCUUGCUUUGCCUUCGGAGUGGUUAUCGACGGACACUUCCUCGAGGGAAGUCUCACUUAUGUUGUUGGGGUUGUGCAGCUGCUCUUCUUCAACAUGCCUCUCACCUGUUACCUGUGCUGGAGCCUUCACCUGCGUAGUCGUGGUAACUCCUUCCGCUCACACUUCUUGCGUCCGGGCUAUCGGUGGAAGACGCUGGGGGUGCAUACGGCCAUGUUGCUGCUGCUAGCCUGGCAGGGAUACUCUUGUUACUUCCUGCUGGAGACAUAUGGACCUCUGGCCUUCUUCCUGUCCCCAGUCCGCACGUGGGCAGUAGGGAUCGCCCUGCUAUUGGUCUACCGCGCCUGGAAGGGCCCCGCCCCAUCUCCAUGACGACAGCAAGACAACCACAGCCUCUUGACAGUUGCACUUACUUUCUACUGGGCGAUUCUCUUAGUUAUGGCAAACUACAUUGGCUCUCUACUUUUCUAUCCCAUAUUUCAGAGUACUCUUUUGUGCAAAGUUGUUUCUCACUCUCCCUUCAAAGCUACUUUCCCCUCAUGAUCCUAUUUCCCACAUUUUUAAACAGUUUAAAAGUAGUUGUUUCAUAUGCAUGUUAGUGUAUUGCAUGUGUAGACCCCACCCCUAUACACAGUCAGCGCUAUGAAGGUGUUGGUACAGUGAAGUCACUAGUUUAGUGUAUAUAUUGUGGAUAGAAUUGAUUGUUCAGCCAAUAUGACUGCUGUUCCUCAGAAGGCUGAUGUAGACAUUGAAGAGUCUCUCGCCGCUGUAUUCUGCUGUGGUAAAACGUAUGUAUUAGUUGCCCACUUGACUUGUAGCAGUUAUUCAAUUCAAAGUUUUGCCUCGGCCAACUGACAUCACCACUGCCAGAGGAUACGUAAACAGUCCUGCUCUGGCAGGUUUUGUAUUUGGUUAUUGCAAACUAGCUAAGAUAUCAGCUGUUUCUCAGGAAUAGGAGGACUUGAACCAAAAACAGACUGACGACCCAUUUUUUAUAUAUUCAAUAUUAGCUCAGUGGUGAAUCUAUCCACUUAAAGCAUGUUAAACAAUCAACACUUGUGAUAAAUGAAUGUUAAAUAAUAGCAAGGGUGCAAUGACCUGAGAUUGUGCUGGUUUAAUUUGUGGUUAUUCUCUAUUGAGAAGUUGAUUUGGGCAGCUUUGUGUUAUGUAUAGAACACAUUUUGGGGAGUUUCAGACCAGCACUGGGUGCUCGACUUAGACUGUAAUUGGUGCAGGAGCUCAAGCAGUAGAAAUGUUGAGGUGUCAGUACUCUGCUCCGGUGAUCUCCUGCCAAAGUCAAGCACUACUCUGGACUAUCAGGGUUGGGGUCCAAUUUCUACAUUGAAUUAAGAAAACUGGAAUUUCAGUUUGACAAACGACUCAAUUUUACUGCUAGUACCGCCCACAAGCAAUGUGACAUGGCUUCCACACCAAGGGUUGAAGUGUCUCGUUUUACCAUCAUGUCCACGUCCCAUUGACCUCACUUCCCCUGGGAUGGGAUCUUCAGUCAGGGAGUUGUGGUUCUCUAUAGAAGAUAAAGUUGGUAUUGGUUCUAUGUAUCAGAGUUCAUUAGAGCAUCCAAGUUGCCCAAUGCUGAUUAUGAAGUGGCGAUUUCAUGACUUGAUUGUCCAGAGCUGUACUUUUUAUUCAUGUCAGCUUUAACACCAGAAUGUGAAGGGUUGGCUCAGUUUCACCAGCACUUGCCCCAAGCUAAGUAGGUAGCCUGGGUGCCAGUGUGAUAUUUUGCCAACUCCAUGUCAGGCCAAACAUUACAAUUCCAUAAGGACUUUGCAUGAGAGCAGAAAUAAAUGGCACCUGGGCAGAGCAUAACCACUACUUUGAUACGUUUGCUGUACUGUUACUCAUAAAAUAGAUUGUGGCAAGUGUAAAAUCAGAUACCCAUUUUCAAAUUGAUAAUUGAAAAGUUUAGAUUUUAUUAAUGGUUUAUAGUGCUGUGAAAUAAAUUGUUUAGUCAAAUGGAAUCAGAUCUAAGACUUCCUUGAAUUCUUUGCAAUUUAGCAUGUUGAUAAUUAGACUGUCACAGAUAAGUUAAGUAUUUUACAAAUGGUACAAGUAAAGAGACAUGCAGUACAGUGUUGUAACUACAAAUAAUUUUAUUCAGUCCAUCCAGUUAUUGUCAGUAUAGAAAGCAAAGGCAGGAAGUAGUGUAAACAACAAAAAAGCUUGUGAUUCCAGUAGCUUCUGAUGGUGCCACCAGGGAUUUGAAUCAAUCUGAUAUUUUAAUGAUCUGUUUACCAAUGUUUCCUCCUUUCAUCAUGGAGCAAAAGGCCACUGCAAAAUAAAGUAAAGCUCAAUUCUCA